AGGCGGAAGGAGCGCUCGGUGGAAGGACAGUUACCAGUAACCUCGCGAGAGCCUGGCGCAGGCUGCGGGGACUGAGCAGGCGCUAUGGCUGCUGCGGCGGCAGCGACGGUUGGGAACGGAGCCGUCCCCCCCGCGGUCGGCGGCUUCUUCGCGGGCUCCUAUCGCCCCUUUGAGCCCCAGGCGCUGGGGCUGAGCCCGAGCUGGCGCCUGACGAGCUUCUCCGACAUGAAAGGAUGAGGCUGCAAGGUCCCCCAGGAGGCGCUGCUCACGCUCCUGGAGGGACUGAAGCGGCUGGAGGAGCGGCCCCCGCGGGCCCUCGGCCUAGGCCUCGGCUUUGGGGACAGCUCCACGGAGGAGUCCUCGGGGCCGGGCGCCCAGGAGUCCGGGCCGGAGGCCGGCUUCCUUUCGUCGGCGGCGGGCGCCCCCGCCGCCUCCCCCAUCCUCGGCAUAGGCAUGGACUCCUGCGUGAUCCCCCUGAGGCACGGCGGGCUCUCGCUGGUGCAGACCACGGACUUCUUUUACCCGCUGGUUGACGACCCCUACAUGAUGGGGCGGAUUGCCUGCGCCAACGUGCUAAGCGAUCUUUACGCCAUGGGCAUCACCGAGUGCGAUAACAUGCUGAUGCUACUCAGCGUCAGCCAAAAGAUGAAUGAGGAUGAAAGAGAAAAAAUCAUGCCUCUUAUGAUCAAAGGCUUUAGGGAUGCUGCUGAGGAAGGAGGCACAUCAGUGACGGGCGGACAGACGGUGGUAAACCCCUGGAUCAUAAUCGGAGGGGUGGCUACUGUGGUCUGUCAGCCGAAUGAGUUUAUCAUGCCGGAUAGUGCAGUUCCUGGGGACGUGCUGGUGCUGACCAAACCUUUAGGAACUCAGGUGGCAGUCAAUGCCCACCAGUGGCUGGAUAAUCCAGAGAGGUGGAACAAAAUAAGAUUGGUGGUCACCAGAGAAGAUGUCGAAUUAGCUUAUCAAGAGGCCAUGUUUAGUAUGGCCAUGCUGAAUAGAACUGCGGCUGGAUUAAUGCACACUUAUAAUGCUCAUGCUGCCACUGAUGUCACUGGCUUUGGAAUCUUGGGACAUGCUCAGAACCUGGCAAAGCAACAAAGAAGUCAAGUAUCCUUUGUUAUUCAUAACCUUCCAAUCAUCGCCAAAAUGGCCGCUAUUAGUAAGGCCAGUGGGCGCUUUGGUCUGCUCCAGGGAACAUCUGCAGAAACCUCUGGAGGUUUACUGAUUUGUCUACCCCGAGAGCAUGCCGCUCGUUUCUGUGCUGAGCUUAGAUCCCCUAAAUAUGGAGAGGGUCACCAAGCAUGGAUUAUUGGCAUUGUGGAAAAAGGUAACCAGACUGCCCGCAUCAUCGACAGGCCAGGGAUUAUUGAAGUCGCACCACGUGGAACUACUGUACCUCUUCAUCCCAAUAAUUCCACUUCUAGCUUUGAGUCUAGUUCAUGAGAUGGCAAAGCAGCAUUUAUUUGGACCUUAAAGACUUUUGGACACAAUCAUGGAUCGUUUUAAAGGACUACUUACUAUUUUGAGGAAGGGGAAAUUUCCAAAGAAACUUAUUUGAAUGGUAAAGUUGCCCUGUUUGGGUGACUUUGAUUAAUGAGCCAGUUAAGGAAAACAGCUGCUUUUGUGCUUAGUUCAAUGUCAUAAAUUAUAUUUUAGAUGUUUUCUACUCUCUGGAUGGGUUUGGCAGUCUCUUCUAUAGGAGAGAAGCAGUAUAACUUUAUUUCCCCUUCCAGCAGCAAGAUGAAGCUGUUUAAAGUUUGAGGAUUUUUUCUUAAACUAUGUGAUUAGAGAGAUUGCUUGGUUGAUUAUAUUCAUACAUAGGAAAUUAUAGAUUAUUUAUUGAAGGUGAAGGACACAUUGAAAAGAACUUAGAUCAUAAACAAAUAAGCCUAGAACAAAAACUUUCAAACUUGUAAUAAUAGGAUGGUAUUAUCUGGAAUUAUUUAUUGGACUUUUUUUUUCUGAAGUGUUGGCUCUUCCCCACCCUGGCCAAGAAGUGAGCAGCUUGUCCAGAGAUUGGGAAGUAAUGACUUGAAGCCAUUCUGCUAACCUGGCCUUGUCUCUAUUUAUGAUGCUUCUCCCAUAAAACCCAGUUAAGGAUUGGAAGAAGCUGAGCAAAACCUCAGAGCCUAGGCCUUGGUGUCACUAAAAUGUAUAAUUUCCAAUUGUCAAUUCCUGAUCACUCAACUAAUAAAAAUUAAUUUUCAGAUCUCAAUAAACAAUUGAAAAAAAUUAAAUUUGGAUAAACUGUAUCCUUAGCAUUCCUUUUAUCAGUGUAGCAAAAUUAUCAAAAAAGGAAAAUGGAUAGUUUGGCAUGAACUGUUCUUGAUGAUGCCAUGUUGGUUUCCUAUAAGCACUACAGCCUUUUCCAGAUAUUCAUGAAUGUCUUGUUUAAUAUUGUUAUUUUGAUAAGUAUCAAAGUUAAUCUCUCUGGCCUAUAUAGUUCCCUUUGUGUAAAAUCAGUAUAUUACCCUUCUCCAAGACUGGGGUACUUCUGUCUGUUCUGGAAAAAAUUCUAGCCAUGAGAUCUGAUUUCAAGUCUUUCCUCUAAUACUAGUUAUGUGAUCAUGGGCAACUCAUGUAAUUUCUCUGAACUUGUUUCCCCAUCCCUGAAAUAUGUUUGUUUUUACUUCACAGGGUUGUUAUGAGGUGCAAAUUAAAUGAUGCAUGUAAAGUGCUUUGCAGAUCUUAAAAGAUAGAUAAAUAUCAACUAUUAUUAUUUCAAAUAUUACUGACAGGGGUUUAGCAAUCACAUACUCUUUUAAGUGAAAUACCCUGGAAAGUAAUUCAUGUGGGCCUAGUCACUUGAAUUUAUGCAGUCAUGAGUUCCCAAUAUAUUCUGGCUUAUCCUUAUGCUUCUGUUAUCUGUUAUCUACUUUUGUUCUGUCUUUUCCAGUCCAAAGACUAUUCCAUUUGGAAGAGAAAUAAAGAAUUGAGUAAUUUUGCUGUG